AUGGCAAACACCUACCAAUCUUUGCUAGACGCUCCCAAGAAAAAAACUGGCUUCAAAGUCCUCUUUCUAGUUCUCUUCUUAGCAGCAAUUUUGGGUGCAAUUGCAAUAGUUUCUAUUACAAUUCUCAAGAGCACCCAAACUGUAAUUUCUUCUUCCCCGAGAUCACAUCUGUGUAGCAAGGCCCAUGAUCAAUCUUCUUGUAUGGCUCUGGUUUCUGAGCUAACAUCAGCUGGACUCUUGCAAUCCAGUGAUGUUGAGCUCCUUCAGAUGCUUUUAGCAAAAUCAUCAUCACGGAUACAAGAAACCAUUGAGUUGACCAACAAUAUUAACCGUCGGAUCAAUGACCAAAAAGGGCAGGCCGCUCUAGCAGAUUGCCUGGAGUUGAUGGACAUAUCCAUGGACAGAGUUAUGGACUCUAUGGUGUCUCUCGGAAGCCAAACUGCCAAUUCCCAUUCUGAUGUCCAUUCAUGGCUCAGCAGUGUCCUAACCAACCAUGUGACUUGCCUAGAUGGGCUCAAUGGUCUAGCCCGUCCUGCAAUGGAGCCUCUGAUGAAAGAAUUGAUCUCGAGGGCUAGAAGCAGAACCUCCUUGGCCAUGUUGGUUGCAAUUGCACCAAGUGAAGAAGAAACGAUUCAGGAACCCUUAAAUGGUGAUUUCCCAUCAUGGGUUACUCACAAGGACCGAAGGCUCUUACAAUCUUCAGCUAAGAAUAUUAAUGCUAAUGUUGUGGUUGCACAAGAUGGUAGCGGUAACUACAAAACUGUACAAGAAGCUGUUACAGCUGCCCCGAAUAAUCCCCAGACUCGUUAUGUCAUCUAUGUGAAGAAAGGAACCUACAAGGAAAAAGUUGAUAUUGGGACGAGUAAGAAGAAUUUGAUGUUGGUUGGGGAUGGCAUGGAUUUGACCAUUAUCACAGGCAGUUUGAACGUUGUGGAUGGGUCAACAACAUUUCAAUCUGCAACUGUCGCUGCUGUUGCGGAUGGAUUCAUAGCCCAAGAUAUAUGGUUCCAAAACACUGCUGGGCCACAAAAACAACAAGCAGUAGCACUUCGCGUCGGAGCCGAUCAGUCGGUCAUUAACCGGUGCAAGAUUGAUGCAUUCCAAGACACCCUCUACGCUCACAGCCUCCGCCAGUUCUACAGAGACUGUUACAUCACUGGCACAGUCGACUACAUCUUCGGCGACGCUGCGGUGGUCUUCCAAAACUCCCAACUCGUGGCGAGAAAGCCCCUGAGUAACCAGCAAAACAUGGUAACCGCCCAAGGUAGGGUUGAUCCCAAUUCCAACACCGGGACUUCAAUCCAAAACUGUGACAUAAUUGCAAGCUCAGACCUUGCGCCCGUAAAGGCAACCAUAAAAACUUUUCUAGGCCGCCCGUGGAAAGAAUACUCGAGGACUGUAGUAAUGCAAUCCAACAUAGGUGAUCACAUCGAUCCAACGGGCUGGGCACCAUGGAGUGGUGAUUUUGCUUUGAAGACUUUGUAUUACGGCGAGUACAUGAACAAAGGCCCUGGUGCGGGGACUAGCAAGAGGGUGAAUUGGCCUGGGUAUCGUGUAAUCACCACUGCAGCUGAGGCCAGUAAAUUCACAGUGGCCCAGCUCAUUCAAGGGGGGCAAUGGUUGAAGAACACAGGAGUCGCCUACACCGAGGGGCUCUAAUUAACGUAAACUUUGUUACUUGAUCAGCUCAUCUCUGUAUCUGAAUGAAGUUUGACUGGAUUUUAGAUUGCAGUACCUACUCGCAGGACGAAGAGGUGGGGAAUUUUAAUGUAUCUUUUUUAAGUU